AUGGGCCAAAGUGUGGGUUCCCUAUGGACGAAUUUCACUACAGGUGUUGCCAGCAGUUUGUUGAACCGCAGUUUGGGCCUAAACGACGACGAUCCAUCGGCUGGUAGUGCCAUUGACAAAAAAGACGAUAAGAAAUCCCAUAAACGAACACAGUCUGGAUCAGUUCAACAUGACCCACAUGAAUCAGACGACCAUUAUCAAACAUUGAUUGAGUCGGAUCUAGAAACUCUCUACGACGGAUUCCAGAAAAGCCGGGAUGAUCGCAGAUCACAGACAUCGUCAACUGACCCUGAUACCGAUACCAAAGAUCAAGAAAGGAAAGUGAGAUUUGAAGAUGCCAAAGUGCGCGCGUUGAAUGCCAACGGUCGUGUUGACUACAGCGUGCAAGAGGGUGCAUUUGAUAUCUCGUUGAUUGCCAGUAUUGCCAGUCAUCUCACCUACUGGGGGGACGAGGAUGUCAAUCACUUUAUGCUAUCUCAAAUGCUGUCCAGGCGAAUUCGACAUAGAAAGACAGGAAGGUAG